CAAAACUGACAAUUGACAGCACCUUUACGAAAACACAAGCGCAUAAAUGUCUCUCCGCGAUAUUUUCUUGAGAAAUGACUUCUACAAAUGAUGGAAAAGACGUGAAAAGUAAUCAAAUAAGUGGCCCCAAAAGCAAAACAUAUUUUAUUGAACUUUACAAGUCGCUAGAAGCCCGCCUAAGUGGUGAUUGUUCCGGCGAAGAGCGUGCGCGACUCCUCUGCGAGUCGUGGCGCCGCGUGCACAGCCUUUGUCAGCACUCGGCGCCCACAACACAGAUCCAUCUUCUCAACUGGCUUCAACAGCACACAGCUCGGACAAUACUACAGACAGAAUGGCAGUCACCAAAAAGCAAAGAUCACCAUACAUGGCUGGAAGAAGCGAUAGAUGAGUUCAUACAAGAAUGUCAGAAUGCCAUAUCUAGGAGAGAAGGUGGAUGGAGUCCGUCAUGGGAGAACCAGCUACAGCACAGAGCACUGUGGUUUCGGAGCACCUUGACAAAUCCGUGGGGACACAGUGUUCUUAAGGCGUUACUGGAUUCUAGAGGAACACAACCAAGUGACGAAGAAGUUCUAGAAUGGCUGAAGUUGGAGCGUGCUGUGAUGUUUGUGACGCGUCUUCGUCAGCUGGCUGCCUCCAAAUGCGACGAUCUCGCUCUACUACUGGCAACAUCUGUCAUGAAUAGACUUCGGGCUACUACUGUCGAUCAAUUACAGGCUGGAGAUAACACAGAACAAGCCAGCAAAGAUUCAAACUUUGUGAAGGUUCUAAGGAAGGAGGCUGGUUUUACAGAUGAUGUCUGGAAUCUUAUCACGGAUAUUGAAUUUGUGUUAUUAUAUAAAGGUGAACUGCGGUCCAGAUGUAUUGAAUUGGCUAAACAAACCCCACUCCACAAUGGCUAUCAACUUGUCAAACGGCUUCACAAUCGGCUCGAGUUGUAUCCGCGAGAAAAGAAAUUAUGGAAAAACGCCAAAGAAGCGGCAACACUAGUUGCUGAGGUGGUUAUAGCAAGAUGUAUGGUAGUGCCGCAAUGUACGGGUGCAGCGCUUGUAUCUCUAUACGGCUGCGCCAGUUCCUUGGUCAGACUCCUGCCGAUUGACAAACUGCCUCCUGCAGCAGCAGCCCUAGCAGCACCCGCGGCUACCUCUAGACACCUCCAUACAUUGGCCGAGGCUGUACAUUCUCAGUGCAAAAAUGAACAGACUGCCUUUGUCUGUGAGUUGUACGUACGUGCAAUCACAGCUGGCAUGAAUGAAUUGGAAAGGCUGAAAAUUAAGACUGAAAAGGAAUCUGAAGCCAGAUCUACUGAACAAACUCUAUCCACCUGGUUUACUCAGCUGGGUAAGCUAUUAUCGAACAGUAAGAGAUUGGAUUGUGAAUGUAUAUUGACAGCAUUCUCAGUACAUCCGUCUGCCGAAAUGUAUGAGAGGGUGAAGGCCGCUCCAAUACUCGCUCCCUUACAAAGUGAUAUCCAAGAAACGAAAGAGGUAUCUAGCUCUGAGUACGGCAGCUGGGCGAACGACAGUCGCACACAGACGAAUCUGGUGAAAACAUCAGAGACGCUCAACCUCAAGCAAACACAGAAACAGGCUAAUGUAUUAUCAACAGCAAUCCUCGCUGAGGGCGAAGCUCUGGGACUUGGGGCAGAACUGUGUCAAGAUCUCUCCGUUCUGAUAUCCGGACCGCGUGUCAAAACACUUUCAUGGGAUACAGAUAGAGAGCAAUUGUUGGAAAACUGCCGAACAUAUAUGGAACGAACUGGUGGUGGAACUCGGGCCCUUACAACUGAACUCCGAUACCUCAACCUUGACCCUCGCAGCUUCCAACAUCUACCUGAAGAACAAGAUGAUGACUCCGAUAUGUUCUACGGCAUUGAGAAAGGUUACGAACACUUGGUCGAAUUCCAAGAAGAGCCGGAAGAAAUUUGGCAAGACGUCGCCUCGGACGAAGCAGGUAAGAGCGACAGCGCUGCGUUAGACUUACCACUGACGAUUCAUCGACAGAAGAAAACCAAAACAAAACGAAUAAAAUAUAGCUCAGAGGAGGAAUCAGAUCCACUCAAUCUAGACUUAAACAAGGUAAACGAGAAGAAACAACGGCCGCAUAGUAAAGAAAGGAAAGAAAAGAUAAAUGUGAAGCAAGAAACAAAAGAUAUAAAAGAAACAAACAAAGAAAUUGGAAAACAAAAGAAAAAAGAGCGUAAAGAACGUAAGAAGAAAGAUAAAGAUGUUCAGGUAAAACCAGUCAACAGGCCGAGUGGUUCGUUGUCCAGGCUGGUUGGCAUGAAAGUGGCUGGAUAUUCAAAUAUCAAUAGAAAUCUCAGCAGCGACGUCAAUAUUAACAUGUGCGUAACCGACAGCGACUAUGACAGUCAGGGGAAGUCAUCAAUAGCGUCCUUAAAUUCCGAGGGCAAUGACCCUGACGUGUUAUUCGAUGGUCUCUUUUCUAUGGAGGAUAUUAAGUCACCGGAAAAAAACCUUAACGACCAUAUACAGAAAAUAACUAAACCUAUUGAGUCGACUUUAUCAAAGAGCGUAACUAACAUAUAUGGUGAUAACGUAGCACCUGGUUACCGAAAUGCAUAUGUAGCUGCGAACGUAAACACUGUUAAUGAAGAAGUCAAGAAUAGUAUAAAGAAACUAAUUGAAUUUAGGCGCUACAAGAAUCUUAAUGAUGUCAGAACUGAGACCCACACACAAAUACCUUCAUCGAACCAAAAUAGCUCGGUUCCAUCAGUUAGUCCGAGAUAUUUGUCAUCCCAAAAUAAUGUUAUACUGCCAGCAUCUAACUCACAAAAUAUAACAUCAACAAACGCGCCUAAAGUGUUUCUUCCUAAAGAGAAAAUAAAACAGUUAAACGCUCUUAAAGAUGAGGUUAACAGUAUUCUGCAGAAGACAGCGUUUAACAGAGAUAAAAUCGGCAUCAAUGAAGCUGCUGAGAAAUUCUUGUCUUCAAACACAGUUAUUAACCGACCAACUGACCAAACAAAAGCCUCGGUCCCUGGGGUUUGUGUGAAAAAGAUUGAACCAUAUAAAAACAAUGACCAUAUGAACAUUAAUUAUCGCCAAUUAGAGAAAGCGCCCAAAAAGACCACACAAUGCAAACCAUCACCCUACAGAAAUCCGCACCAUGAACUCGUAAAGCAAUUGCAAUCAGGAGUAGAUAAAACAGCAGUGAAAAAAGUGGUUGACAGCCCUAGUCAAAUUCAAUUUCAAAAUUUCUUAAAAGCUACGAUGUCGAGUCAUCAGCCUCAACAGAUACAGAAAUCUGAGAGCUUCAGCAGCAUAUACCAAAACAUUCCGCAACGUAUUUCAAACAAAGCACCGAAUUUAAUUCAGAGAAAUAAUGAAAGUAAAGAAAAAUUACUUGAACAGAACGUGAAUCAUAUUGCAUCUAAAAGUAAUCAAAAUAUAUCGCAAUCGAUAACAAACAAGCAAGACUCGCCUAGCCAACGACAAUUUCACAAUUUUCUUAAAGAUUUACAAGACAGUAUUAACGCUGGUGCUUCCAACGACAAACAAGAAACAAAAAUUUCAUCUACGCAUCACUGUCCCAAACAAAUGAUUCCAAAGAAACCUGAUAAUGUCCCUAAAACCUUCGCACGUAUGAGUUACCUUAAAACCAAACAGUGUGACCAAAAACUAAAGCCGACAAUUGACAAAACAGCACCCAAUAAAUGCGUUCAAGGUAAACCAGUUGAACACCUACAGCAUCUGCAGCCAAAAGGGGACAUUUUUAUAUCAAAAAUUGAUAUAACAAAACCCCAAGAUACAAAAGAUAAAAUUAUUUUAGAAAAGAGAGACACCAAAGCAAAUCCGUGUGCACAAUCGACGACAGCUUUAAGAGUUGUUGGAAGUCAACAACCGAUAUCACAUAUACUUUCGAGUGGUUGUCAAAAGUCUAUACCAAAUGUCAUAACUACAAGUGAUAUAAAAUUUAACGAAUUAGUAACAUCGUCAACGGCUGGGAAAUCUUUUUUGUCGCAGAAAGAUCAAGACGACGUGUUGAACUUAUUACGUCAAAAGUCGAUAUUAAAUUCUAAUAAAACACAAUCUAUGACUGUUACUCCAAAGAGCGUUGUCGAGAGUAAUUCGACAUUAAACAAUAAAAAGCCCUUAAUUGUUAGUCUCGAUACCAUUGCAAGGAACUCCAACGCAAUCAACUUAAAAACAAAUAUAACAGUGUCUGAAAAAAAGAAUACAAAUGAGAAACCUGUUUCGUCAUCGGCAUUAAAUACUUCCAAGACUCAAAAUACUUCUCAAACCAAAAAGGUGCGGAAAGUUAAGGAACCGAGUAAGAACACGAAAAAUUCGACACAGAGCAGUGAUUGGGAAAGUGUUAUGGAUGCUAUUUUAGCAACGAAGACUCCAACCAGAGUGUAUCAAACUGGACCUAAUGCUCUUGACAUUGCUCUCAACAAAGAUUCCUUUGAAAGAUGCUAUCUAAAGACGUCCAAUAUACAAAAUGAAAAGAAAGCUAAUACAAAUAUUACGAAAGAAACUAUUAAAAGCAAUGCUGCGAACCAGAAAAAAAAUAGUAGUAAAACGAUGAGCCCAACAGUUAAAAGUUUUAAAAUUACUGAAUUGAAAACAAACCAUAAGCAAUGUGCAGUUAGCAGCAAGCCUCAAACAAGUAUAAAGAAUGCUGCGGCACCCAAAACACAAACAAAUCAAAAUCAAAAACCCGUGGCACAAAAAACACAACAAAUAUCUUUCGAAUCUCUUCUAGAUUUAUCAAAAAGAGAUGUUUCACAAAGCCAAACCAAGCCACUACCAAGUGUUAUUCAGAAUCGUAACGAUCCAUUUAUAUCUGGCAUAAAAAACUCUGAUUAUGAUCUUCUAGAGGAGUUGAUGGACGAUGAGCUGCGCCAAGAAAUAGGUGAAUUAUCAGAUGAAGAAAUUUAUAACAUUUCCCUGUCGAAUACAGCUAAAUAUAAAAAUCAGCCACAGACAUGCGAAUCUAAGAAAUCAAAUCCAGUUUUGAACAAAAAUUUACAUAUACAACCUCAAACAAAUGUUGAUAUAUUUAACAAUUCUUAUCAAUUAUCUGAUUUAAAUUCCAAAGAACCUUCAAGAUGUGCUUAUAAGGCAGAAACGCCAGGAAAUAAGUGUACGUCAAAUACAAACAACGCGGAAUCAAAAUUAAAAAUUAUUUCCAACGAAGCAAUUGUCGCUCCCGGAAAAGUUAACAAUAAUAUUAACUAUUACUCUGUUAUAAAUAAGACUGCCUCUGUAAAUCGUGAACAAAGUGAAAUAAAAAAUAUUUGUCAGUCUACGCCUAAAGAUACAAAUACCUGCUUUUCGAAUAAAGCAGUUCGUGUUGCUAACAGUUCGUCUAAUAAAACAGACGAAUUAACCGUGAAAAUGGAAUCUCAGACCAGGAACGUCAUCAAUACACCCGUACAAAACAGCCGUUUUAAUAUUCUGGAUUCCACAAGGGUAGUUUUGACUGUGCCACAACGGAAAACCAAUACAAAUGUUAUGCUGAUUAGUAACGACUAUAUUUACGAUCCCUUUCAGACCAUACAUGUCGACGAUGCAAAUGUCCACGGGAAUGUCUCAAGCUAUAAUCAAAACGCAUAUUUUGCUGUUAACCAAGUUCCAAAUGUAGCUAUCUAUCAUACCACACAGUCAACAGCUCCAGUCGUGAAUCCUGUGCUGAUCGAAAACUCUAUUGUUUUACCAGUCACCGUACCAGUUACUCAAAAUAUUUCAAAUGUUGGAUCUGAAACUAAGUACAAGACAUCGCCUACGAUUCAAAGAGAUAAAAAUAUUUUAAAUAAAUCAAACUCGCAACUCUAUGAUUCGGUUGCUGAAAAACUAGUAUGUGAUUCUAGUUUUCAGAACGAAAUUACAGAUAUGAAAUCUAAAACAAUUCAAUUUAUUAAAACACGCCAGGAAAACGACACGAAUUUAAAAAACUCUUUAGGCUCUCAAUAUCAUAAAACUCAUACUGAAGAGAAAAGCGAUAAUACUGUAAAUUGUAACCGAACAGCGGAUUUAAAAAUUUCAGACGUAAACAUAACGUCUUGUAAGCCUAAGUUGACAAUUGAUAAUGAGGAUACAACAAAAUUGAAUAUAUUAAAUAAAAGUGCAGGUCAAAAUGAAAUAGCUAAAGAUAGCGUCAGUGUUGAUAACGUGGUUGAAAUGAAUAGACAAGAAUGCUAUCAGAAAACUAUGAUGCAAAAGUUACCCCAGGAAAAUGAUAAAGAAGAACAAAUUAAUUCAUCGAAUGUACCAAAGGAAGAGGAAUUGAGUAGAAUAUACCAAAAAAGAUUACGUAUUCUAAAUAGAGAAACUACACAUCGUUGCUCUGAUGCGCCCAUUCCGCUUGGUUAUGAACCAAUAAAAUAUGAAAAAAAAUCUGAAACAUCAAACUUGAAAAGUAAAAGUAGCCCUUAUAAACGGUCUAUCACAGAAUGCACAAAUAAAGAAGUACCUAAACCAGCAUGUCGACGAAUUUUAUUACGGUCAUCAAAUUCAUUACCAGUUGUGAAAAAAGACAAGAGUGACUGCCAUCCUUCAAAUUUAAGGAAACCGAAACUCGAAAAACGUAUAAGAAAAAAAUUUAAAAGUUCUCAUAAAUAUACACAUGAAAUGCCGAAACCUAACAAUGCGACUGCAGCAAAAAAUAUACGUGCAUUAACGAAAACUAACAAUGUGACAGUAGCAACAGGUAUAUCUUCAAAAAACAAUGGAGAUGUCAAUACAAAAUCGCAAGAAUGUAAAAUGAUUGACAAUAAACUUACAAAAUUUGAGUCAAAUGACCUUUCAGUUUCAAGUGAACGCGAACACGAUAAUAAUAUAUUUGACUCGCAUAUGAAUGUUGAUGCAAAAGAAAAAAAUGCGUCUACAAUGAUACCUGUUAUUACAAACAACGGCUCAGGAAGAUUGGAAUCUAAUUUUAAAAAUAUGGACGAAAUAAAGGAAGAAAAUAUAGAUAACAAAAUUCUUGAGGAAUGUAAAAGUAAUAAACCUCUUGAGAGUAUAGAGAAGAAUUCGACAUUGAGUGUGAACUCCACGGAUAUCAAGUCAAAGGAAAAAAGUAACAAAGAUUUGUGUAACAGUAUAAAAAGUGCUUGUGAUUUCAAUAAGAUUGACAGUAAACAGGCUAUUAAAAAGACAUAUAAGGAUAAAAUUUUGUUCGAUGAAUUGCCUAAUUUAGAAGGUGAUCCAUCAAAAAGAUAUAUUCGUAUCAAACUUCCCAAUGGCAGUUUUAAAGCUACUAUUUCUGGUAAAGUAAAUGUUAAUGUCGAGUCAAUAUUGGAAGAUCCUAAUAUUAAAGCCAUGUUACGGGAGAAGAUGAAUAGCAGUACAAAAUGUAUUUUAAAUAUUAAACAAAUAUCUGUUCAAUCUAAAGAUCGCCCUUCAUUCGUCAAAACACAAAUCCAAGACGUGUCCUAUGUGACCAAAGAUGAUCCAGAAACUAUUAAUUUAAUUAGCGAUGACGACGAGGAUUGUUCGCUGCAACAUUUUGAAACGCAAUUUGGUCGUUUUAAGAUUGCUUCGAUGGAUUCAGAAUUAUUUAGGAAACAUCAAAGAAAACUAUCUCAGAGAUGUCAAGUCAAAUUACAGCGAAUUAACAACCUAAAUAGUAAAAAACGAAAUGAAGGGAAGUCAGGAAUUGGUCUGGAUACUUUAAAUAAAGUUGAAAGUACAAAUGAUUUAACAUCAGAUGACCAGAAACAUGUUGUAGAUUUUAUUGAACUAGACGACUCAUCAAAUGAAAUUGUUGAACUAAAAACUAAGAAAUUAUAUUUCACCACCAUAAAGGAUUGUUUAGAUACCUCAAAAUCGAAAAAUUCAAAUGAUGAUCUUGAAUUCAAUUCCACAUCUCAAGAAAUUAAGGAAAAGAAACCAGAAUCUGUGCAAGACUCUGACAUAUGUGAAACAAAAAACGUUUUAAAUGAGUUUGAACUAAAAGAGUGCUCUUUGAAAAUUGAAAAAUGUGACAAACUUGUUAAAGAUUACGAACACCUAAAAAUAAAAAACAGAAAAUGUUAUGUUAAUUUAGUAAGACUUGAUCUAGCCGAUUAUUAUCGGAAUAAAACUGAAAGUUCUGAUUUUAAAUAUCAACAUGGUUUAGAGAACAGGCAGUUAUCAGAAGUUUUAAAUCUAGUUGAAAAGAUUGCACCAAGAUGUGAACAAUAUUUACAGAGUGCCGAAUCAAAGUCGAUUUUAAAUGAAUUAUCAACACCUGAAAACGACAUGCUGAGAAUAUCACCUUCAGUCAUAGAAAAUUGUAAUAUUAAAUCAACUUGCUUUGAGGAUAGCAGCACGUUUAAUCACAUUAAUUUAGUAACUGGUUUAAUAGCAUCAAAUUGUCGUGCUGAUUGGUUGAUAACAAAAUUAAAUAUUCGUAAAAUAUUAACGAAGGACUUGAACAUAAUUUCAAAAUAUUCUUCUUUUGAAGUCGACAACGUAAUUCUAUCACCCGAUGACAUAUCAACCGAUUGUGAUAGUGAUAAAGAAAUUAAAGCAGAAUCAGAUGUAUCUCAUUUUGUAUUGAAUGAAUAUAAACAAGUUGAUAGUCUUAUUAAACUUACUUUGGAUUUAUUAACGAAGAAUAGCCACAUUUUAGAAAAUUUAAAAACUAUAGAAGACAGAUUUAAGUGCCAGAAAGUUUCAAAUUUAUCUAGAAAGAGAAAAUUGGAUGGUAUAAGAGUAAGUCAUAACUGCAACAAAAUUUCAAAAUUACAUGAACAAGUUGCUUUGACAACAGAUCAUAAAAUUGAUGAUCGCCUAUCAGAACUACAACGUAAAAGAAAGACGCUUUUUUCGACGAAAAACGUAGUAUCACUACAGAAAAUUUGUUGUUCAUUUGUAAAUACUAGUAUGGGCUGCUUGCAAGAGGUUAAUUCUCCAGUUCUCUGCAAGAAUAAAUCUGAAAUUAAAGACUCUUUUAGACCUUCGAAAUCUCAAAAAGUCGUUAACGAUGCACAGAAUACUAUUAACAACAUAGGAAAGAAAGAUCAAUAUAGUUCACAAGAAUUACCAUUUUCAGAACUUAAAAACAAUGAGGCAAAAUCGAAAAAUGGUAGUACAGUGAAUGUUCGUUGUGAUAAUAUGCUCAAAGUUACUGAAAACACGCUUCCGAGCCACGUCGAUAAUUGCACCAAAUUUAUUAGUCAUGCAAAUGACGAUAAAUAUAUUAUUGAAAAUAAAAUAGAACAUAAAAGUCAGACACCAGACCCAAGACCCUCUGUAAUAUCAGAUAAUAUGGAGAGAGAAAAGAAUGACAUUACUUGCUUAGACGAUCUAACAGACAAAAGUGGCGAAGAAGUAUUACAAUCCAAUUCCAACAAUAGUCUAAAUAUAUUGGAUCAAAAAGACACUGUUAAUAUACGAUAUGAAGAAAACAAUAAACACAAAGAGUCGUCUCCGGACACUUUGACGUUGAACACGCAGAAUGAAAAUAACUUAUUUUGUCACCAUCUCCCAAAAGAAAUCGAAAGUGAUAGUGAAUUAAAAAUGGACGUAAGUAAUGAAAAUCCACGUCACAACAUUAACAUGGAUAAAAAUCAUAUUCUAACAUCAAAUCUCAAACCAAACGAGAAUUCAAAAUUUGAAGUCUUGGCCGAUAAAAUUGAAGUUGCUACUUGUAAUAAGCGUAUAACACAUUGCAAUGCACUUCAUAACAUAAAAGAGAAUGAAUGUAAUAUACAAUUAUUGAAUGAAAUACAGCAAAUAAAAGAAAACCUUAUAGAAGUUGCUGUUCCACAAGAUUUCAACAUGGACAGAAUUUCAGAUAAAUAUAUUUCAACAAGUGAAAUAUUGAGUGGGAUACCUAAGACUUUCAGGACUUCAGAAGAUGUAAGAAUUGAUUCACCAAAUAAAAUAAAUGAUAUAUUAAAGAUAAACAAAAUUGUAAAUAGCUGCCCAACUUAUCAACAUUUUGAUGGUAAACUGGAUAAUAAACAGCAACCAAAAAUAAAAGAUUUUACCAAUUUUUCAAUAAAACAAAAAGAAGAGCUUAAUGGUGCAUGUCAUAUAACGAGAUUGGCAGAAAAUAAAAAACGUAAUUCUCUUGAGAAUACUCUAAAGGAGGAAAAACUUGUUCCUUUUGAAAAGCCCCCUAAUAACGCUACUAGUGGCAAAGGUAUUUUAGAUAGUAGUGAUUCCUCUGAACUGUUAUCCAACGAGUGCGCAGAAAAAAAUGAAAAUGAAACUUUAAGCUUAUUAGAAGAGACGUGUAGUAGUAAGGAAACUGAAAGCCAGAAAAAAUCAUUUAACAUUGAAGAAAAAACAGGUGACGAUAGUAAGUGUAUAAAUAAACAUGAAGAAAUUAAUUUAAAGGCACCAUAUAAUAAAUUACAUUCUUUGAUUCUUGAAAAUAUCAUUCUUGCAGAAGAAAAAACAAAACCAGAAAGUAUGAACUUAUGUAAAGAUGCAAAAGUAACAUUUAGUGAAAACAAAGACGUUGAAAUAAAACCAGUAUGCGCUGCGGAUAGAAAUAAUGCCGAAUGUUUUACACCGGAAACGAAAUUGUCAGAUAUAAAUCAUGAAGAACUUAAAGUAAAUAUUUGUAACGACAGGCCUAAACAAAAAAAUGUCACUCUAGUCUACGAAGGUGAUUCCCAAGUAGUAUUAGAAGGUUCAAUUUAUGAAGAUCCUGUUGUAGGUACAUGUUAUGUUUUUCCCAUAGCUAACAGAACUUCUUUGAUUGAAGAAAAUGAAUCUAUUGGUAACGUUGUUGACGAAAAAUCCAAAAUAGCAAUGAAUCAUUUAAAAAGUAAAAUUUUGGAAACGAGAUUAAAGGAAGAGAUUAACAUCAAUGAUAAACAAGAUGAAGCUUUAAGUUUUACUAUUUUGCCUAAGAUAACAUAUAUAAAGGAAAAAUUAAAAGACGAUGACUUUCAUAUGUCGAAAGAUAAAAAAUAUAAAAGAAAUCUAAAACGUAAAAUUGAUGUAGGUGAUUUGCAUAACGGAAAAAAAUACCGCAAAGGGAAAAAUAUUGAUUAUCCAAAACUCACCAUAUCUGCUAUCAAUGAUUUGGCAUAUAGCAAAGAAUAUAAACGCCUUUUUGAUUAUUGUAGUUCUGUAACAUUUUCAUAUUCAAGACCAUUUCAUAUAGAAUAUAUAGAUGUUAACAACUUGCUCAAAUCGUGGCCAAUAAGAGGUAUUACAGUUGAUAAUACUGAACAGACUGAUUUUAAAAACUUACUUUUUGUAGAUGAAGACGUUUACAAAAGUCCUUUCGACCCAAUGAAACAAACAUUUGCUGAAGAAAUAACUUACAAUUACAAUCAUGAAUACGUUACCUGUAAUAUUAAUGAAAAUAAUUUUAGAAUGGGUUUUGGUGAGGGGUCCGACAGAGUCAUUAAAAUUUCCGAAGUUAUAGAUAAUAAUUCAAAAUUUUCGGCUGCGACUCUGUCGGACGUAAAACAAGCUCAGCCGUUUUUAAUGUCCAAAGAUCAAGAAAUAAGUAAGAAAAAAAGAACUGAGACCGAUAAAUAUGAAGAACAGAAAAAUAUAUUUAAACGAUACGUAACCUACAUUCAACUGAAAGAAAAAGUGCGAUCAUUCUUCAAAAAUACUGCUUUAGAAUUGAAUAACAGUUGUCUUUUAGAUAAAAAAGAUUCUUAUAAAAAUAAUAUAUCGCAUACAUUUCCUUACGAAUUGACUAGUCCCGAAUUUAUUAAGCCGUCGCCUUUCGAAUGUAUUGUACAAAUAGUACAAGUAGGCCAAUUACCAGUUAGUGCAGCAGUUCAAAAUCCUGUAACAUGUGAUCCGAGAGUAACUCAAGUAACAGAUGCUAGUCCUUCGCAGUGUUCAGCAGAAAAUAGUCCACAAGAUGAUUCCCAACCUCCUAUAAAAACUGAAUAUACCGAGCUGACAACUGCGGAUAUCCGCUUUCCUUUAGUUCAAGAGUAUGAACGUCAUAUUGAAGCCCAAGAAUCCUUGAAAGCGUCCUUUAAUUUUGAAAACAUUCCUGUUGAAACAGAAAUUAAAACAGAGAUCAAAGAUGAAAUACCUGAUUUCGAGAGCGUUCAAAAUGAUUGUAACGAAAACAAUGUUUUACAAUCAUUAGUCAAUAAACAUAUUAAUAACGUAGAAUACCCGUAUGACUCUUCUGAUAAUUCUGAGGUUUUGAAUACUCCAACUAACCCAGAGAUUAUGUACGAUCAAGAAAUACAAAGUAAUUGUGAUUUUAUACCUGAACAAGAAGAACACAACAAUUCCUCGGAGAAAACAGAUCAAAUUGCUCAUGCAAUGAACGCUGCUGGCAUAACAACUACUCCGGAAAUAAGUAACAAUACUGAAACAACUGAUCAAAAUGUAUGUCAAGAAGGAAUUGAUGACGCUUCACCUUCACCAAAUGACUUAUCUAAGUCUGCUAUGAAUUCAAUUAGUUUUCAACAAGCUCUAGCGCAAAUAUUGCCCACGAACUUAAAUCAGACUACUGAAGAGUCUAAUAAUCAGUCUACAACAAAUUCAUCUCUAACUUCUCAAGUAUUGCAUAUAGUUCAAAGUAAAAAUACAAAUGGAAAUCAAAUUACAGUAGUAGAUAACGCUCAAAAUACAGUUAUUAAUAAUUCUAAUGCACCUAUGUUGCACAUAGUACAAAAUAAAGGAUCACAUACAAAUUCCACUUCUAAUACGAACCCAGGACAAAAUUCUUACGGAGGAUUAUCUCUACUUGAUUCUGGCUUGCAGGCCGGAAGUAAUCAACUUCUUCAUAUCGUUAAUACAGGAACACAAAAAAAUAACACAGCUGGACAAUUAAUAAAGAGGGUAAAUCUUGUAACAAAUCUUACAAAUAAUCAAGGUACUAAUGAACAAAAGAUGGUACAGUUUCUUUGUAAAUCCACUGAUGGAAAAUCCAUUCAACUAAAUAGUCCACAUCAAAGAAGCAUGGUUUUAAGAUUGCAACCAAUUGAGUCUAAUGUACAGAACAACCCAAAACAAUCGGAUAGCCAAGAUUUAAGUCCCACAUCGAAUGGAAGUAAUUCAACACAAGUCAAGGAUAUUGGAAAUCCCCAGCAUGAAAUUAAAUCUCGUUCUGUAUACGAAGAAAACUAUGCAAAGUUUAUUCAAAGUUCUAACAAAACGGUACCUGAAAAAUCGACGACUUUACCAAAAUUUAAUCAAGCUUUUGGUAAACCAGUUUUUCAAGAGGAUAAUCAAAAGCCUAUGGACUUGGAUACAAAUAAUUCUCACUUAUCAUCAAUCAAUUCUGAACCAGAGAGUCCUGAAUGUACAGAUAAUACAAUGAACAUUGAUCACAUCAACCAAAUUAGUAGCCCACCACUUCUUCUGAGAAAAUCCCCAGCUCAAACCCCACAGACACAACCAAAUUUAGUUCAACAAAUAAAGCAAACUAUAACUCCCAUGAACAUACAAACAAUGCACGGCGGCGUUAUUUACACACGCCAAAUACCAGUCAAUAUUGGAGGAGGCCAAACAAUUAAUUUAAUAACUGUACCUAGCACCGAGCUUUUGGAUAACGAUAAUCAAAAACACCAAGGUGAAGUAAAAUUUAUAAAUCAAAAUGAUAUUGAAUCGCCUAUUAUAAAAAUUGUACCUCAUGGACAGAAUAAUUCAAAUUCAGAGAGCGCAGGUGACGAGGGAAACAAUCACACAGGACUGACAAAUGAAAAUGGACAGUCAGGAGCAACACAGCACCAACCAGUCUUGACUCAGAUGAGAAUUAAAUUACCCAUGCUAAGCAAAACACCUCAAAUGGUAUCAGGUGCAAGAGUGGUAAGACCGUCAUUUUUUCAAAUACAACGGAAUGUUAUUGGAGGUGCAAAUCAACCUGUCUAUCAACAACUUGUUCUAACUGCAGCCCCACCUCUUAGCCAGCACAUUCGUUUGCCGCAAGCUCAAACAAAUCGAGAAGUAAAAGUGACCUCUGAAGGCCAGUCGUCUUCUGAAACACAAAUGAGUACGUCAACACUCGAACAACUUCGGGAAUUCGAUAUGGUGUUGGAACAAGUAAAAGAACGGAGUACAGUUCAACCUAAUCCCAUUCCAAACAAUGUGUUCGCUAAGUUACAUGGAUCAUCAUCAGAUGCUACUGAUGGUUCGUCUGUGACAUCUACAGUAACAGAGUCUACGCAGCAAGUCCUUUAUUCAAUUGGAAAUAGUCAGUCUUUAAACGUUGCUUAUGUAAACAGAAAACCCAACACGACCUUUGUACGAUCACCAGAUUCUUCAGGAAUUGUAGAAUCACCUUCUUCUUCAACACAUAUCCAAAUUCCUCACACUGUAACCAGUGAGUCGACAUCCAACGAUGUUUCGGCUCAACCAAGCCAGCCAAAAGCUGCAAAAGUUAGUUCUAAAUCUAAAUCCAGACCUAAAUCAUCCAGUUCUGCUAUGAAAAUAAAUGCAGUUCCUCCUAAAACUUCCAGUCAAAAACCGUUAGAAGAUGAACAAACAACCCAAAGGAUUCUAUACAUACUGGCCGAAUAUAAAGAACAAGUUGAAAACUCGCCGGAUAAAGAUAAACCAGCACCGAGAAGACGAACAAACCCUCCAUCAAAUCCAGGGUCUUCAAAACGUAAAAAAAGUUCUAGUGGUUCGAGGCGUCACGGCAUGCGCGAUAUGAGUCCCGUUCUCGGGGAAGACACUUGUCGCACGAUGGGCUCUGAAGACAGCAGUUGUGGGACUUCACAAGGUGACUGCAACGAAAGCUGUAUGGAUAGUCAUUCACCACAGGACAGUCCGCGAAAAGUAGUGAGAAAACUAACCUUUGACAAUGAGCCCUCGACACCCACACAACCUAGGCCUCAACCACAGCGGAAUGUCAUAGUUGCGGAUGGUCAAACGAUUACUGUCGCGAGAGGCACUUCUGGCAAACCAACAACAGCUGUACUAAUGCCAGCAAAUUACCUUUUGCCCGUAUCCAUGGUCAAGGGCGGACAGCAAAUAGCCAUAGUAACAAAUCGAGGUCCUAAAAUUUUAACAGUCGGUGGAGAGGGUGGUACAACAAAUGCACUACUAUUACAACGUCUAAUUGGACCGGCUGGUUUAAAGCCUGUUUUGGCUCGCCCUGGCGUUCGACAUGUCCGUUUGCCUACUGCGGCUCUUCAUAAUAUUCACACGUUUAACUUAGCAACGACGACUGUUCAGCCUCCAGACAGUACAGCCUCACACGCAGCAGGUUCGACACCGCCUGAGUUGGUUGAAACCAGGGUUACCAGCUCGCCGUGGCCGGAACGAGAAACACAGGAAGUGAAACCUGAACGAGAUUCGAGUCCAGAAGAUACGGAACCCUGGAAUCUUCCGUCAUCAGCAGACCCACAUGACUAUUCAUACGAAGAGACGGUACGAACUGAAAACAUGGACAGAACCGUUCUCGACGCCAUACCAGAUCGAUACAGUCCUGAUAUGGAGGCGCAAAGGAUUUUUGAUAAGAUGUUCGACAUUGACUCGAAAAAGUCGUACAUCAUCGAUUCACAAGAUGAUACGUCUCGUUGCGCAUACGAUAUUGACGCGUCAGAUUGCGGCGAUAAGGCCUACCACCAGGUGGUUCAGAGACGGGAUGGUUCACGCCACCAUCGGUUCGCGCACGUCGCACACGCAGCGGCCAUGCGGCACAAAUACGCCAUCUUGGAACACGAAUUGAGAUUGCAGGGUUCUAUGUUUUCACAGAAAUCUCUAUCCGAAGAGUGUGAAGAUCUCGGCGUGGACUCCCCAUCGGCUUCCGAAUUGUUCCCGGAGGCUGAACUAUUGUUUGGUAACUCGCCAGCUCAUGAGGCACACCAACAUUCACACACACCUCAACCUACAGUCCUCAGUCAAUGCGGGAUUCCCCAGCCGGAUAUGGACGAUCAGAUAGCCACGGACCACCUUCUACAACAGGAAAUAGACGACCAACAAGACUUGGGGGUGACCCUCGGCCUUGACGAGGGGAUAGUGACCGUCAGCGAGGAUGGGAUGCAAGCCACCAUCGCCCUGGACCAGGAGGAGUUCGCCAGAUCACAUCCCAACACAACCUUCCACACUGAACCCACAGAGGACGGAGAGAUCCAGCCUUUCACAAUCACCGGUCUGAAAGGUCGUCAUAUAACAUCGACGAUAUUUCACGCUACCCGCGCCCCCGCCACCGUACUAGUUAGCGCGCCUCCCACCGUCAUAAGCCACGGAGAGGCUUUCAGGGAUGACGUCAUCAACGACACCAGGGAACUGCAUCUGACACACACAGCCUCCGCGAUCGUACAUUCAACAGGAAACGCGACACAGGUCAUCCGGCGGGUCUGCUGGGACGAAAGACGAGACAACAGGUGGAUGGAUGAACCGGAAGGACUCAUAGCCGGGGAUGACGCCAAGAUGGUAGCGGAGGACAACUCGAGGGACGCCACCUUGGAGUCCAUGGCAGGUGACGUGGAUGACGGAAACUCGACACCAGAACCCCACAACGAGCUAUACUGGGAGUCGAACUCGGCGUCCGAGAGAUCUGAGAGCAGACGCCCUUUGGAUUUUAGCAGUGACAGCGAAAAAUGCUGCAAGAGCCCAUACGAAGAAACGAAUUCCACCGAUUCCAGCGGUUUGGGUACACAUAUGAGAUUAGACUCGGUCAUAAAGGACGCCAGGGGCAUAGAAAUGAGCGGAAGUGCUGAUGGCUCGUCAGCUGAUGACGCACAUCCUAUACGGACGUAUCCAGCGAAACGUUUGUAUUCUAUAGAGGGCAUGGAAAGAAGUAUGACCGGGAAGACGAGGGCGGGUGAAAGGUCACCGGAUAUUAUGGAAGUGAGACGCAGGGCUUCCGGUCGUGGGGUGGUUAAAAGGGGAUGUCAUUGCUGCAACGGUUCCCCGGCGCCGCUGAGGCCGAAAAAGUCGAGGCAGAAAAAACCCAACGUGGACUUCCCAACACAUUAAAGACAUAUAGUGAUAAAAAUGGCGGAUAUAUUUUUAACGAAGGACAUCCGCGACUGAUUGCGAUCUCUACCUAGACGUGGUUCUUAAUAUAAAUAUGUUGUUGACAUUGUUUUGUAUAUAACAAUAAACUUAGACUUUGUUCAAAUUCUACGAGGAUUUUUUUUUUUUAUUAAUUUUGUUGAAGUUUAUUGUCGGUUUAGAUUUCUCCUUUAAGGUGUUGUUAAUUUUUAAGAUCGUAAAAGAAAUAAUACUAUCACCGAUCAGUUCAAAACUUAUAUUUUUCUUUGGACAUAACUCCGACCGUGGACAUUUCUGUGUUUGUUAAACUGCGUGUAAUAUAACCUUAUACAUAUUGUAUUAAUAAUAUAUUGAUUGUAUAAAAAUGUAUUAGUUAGGUUACCUCCGCGUAGAUUAAGUUUCUCCUCUUAGUGUUUAAUGGCCAUACUAAUGUGAAUUUGUCUGUUAGUGUCACUAGUUAUAAUAUUAUAUCCCUUCUCAAUAAACCUAGACUGACGAGGUGAUUUCCAUAGCCGCUGUACGUUUAGAUAUUUUAUAAUUAUAAUUUUCUAUACUGUAUUAUAAUAGUUUCUAUUUAAUUGAGCAACUUCCAUGGGAAAUGCACAAAUCGUCGUCUCUGUACGAGCUUUAAUUGACCGUUUAAUUUAUUGACACGAGCCAUUCGCCUGGCGUGUGUAUCGCUUUACGUUUACGAAGGGUGUUAUAUGUCUAUGGAUACGUAGGUUCUUGGAUAAAUUAGUGUGAAUUUAACUAAUAGUAAGGAUGUAAAUAACACUUGUCCCCGCGAGUGUACCGUACCGUACCGGACAGUCUAGUCAUUAAUCGUUAUUUCAUAGUUUUCGUAGACUCACACCAUCGGUCGACAUCGGUCAGCAUCGGUCGGUCCACUCCGAUGUGUUUUGGCUUCAAGUCAUACAGUAUUACGUCGCUUGUAUAUAAAUUCUCUUAAUUAUUAUAAUACUACCUUUUUGAUGGUAUAAUUUAUGUCGUGCUCUUGAGAUUGCUCUCGGUGGUUUGUAUAUAUAAAUUGAAGGGAAUAAUAGGAAAAAAAUUUUUUUUCGUGCGAUAUCUCGUAAACAUAGUGAAAUGUAAUGUUUGUGUGCCGGUAAUCGAUACGGAAUCGAUUUAGAGCCUAGUUCAGGAUGUUACUUCGAUUAGUUAAGAUAGCGAUUAUUAGGUAAAGUUAUACAUCUAGUGAUCUUCCUGGUGUUACGGUUAAUGAGAUUUUUCAUAUCCGACAGAGGCACCUCGACGUGCAAGUAUUGUGGAACUCCGUGUGAAUUUUUUUAAAUAUUUUUUUUUCUCUUGUAAAAAUAUGCCGUUCUCGUGGUAGGCUUCGAGUUUUUUUUUUAUAUUUCUGUAUGUUGUUAUUGUUCGGUAUUGCAGAUCGGUCGCCUUCAAUAUUAUUCACGACUAACGACCCGAUCGCCGGCGCGUUGCGGACGUUUUGUUAUUUUUGGUAAACAAAGUUAACAUUUAUUAUCUGUACAUUUAAUAUUUAGAGGUGUCAUUAUUUUUUAAUUAAUCCAGAUGUGUUUUGUGAUUAUGUAAACAUUAUUUUUGAAAGUGCUGCAGAAGAAUGAUCAUUAAAACUUAUCUAUUAAA